AUGCCACAGCCCAUCCGUGAAACACAGCGGGUUCCGCGCUCGUGUAUACCGUGCUCGCGCCGCAAAGUCAAGUGCUCCAAGAAGAUCCCCUGCGAGCAAUGCAUUCGGCGCGGGGAUGCUGCCACCUGCAUGCGCGAGGUUGUCAAAGUGGGGGGAAGAGUGACAGUAGCAGUAGACGAGGAGCGUGAUGGGAAUCCUCCAGACUCUACCCUCCUGCGUGAGAAUAAUAGCCUCAAGAUUCGCAUCAGGCAAUUGGAACUAGCCCUUUCAAGACCGGAGCUGGUGAAGCUAGAGACGGAUAUUCCUAGGGCAACGACGACACAGCAGCAGCAGGAUGUGCAUUCAUCAGAGAGAAUUCUCAACGACUUUCAAGCCCACGUUUUUGGACUGUCGAUUGACUCGUCUGCACAGGGCCCUGUAAACCAGAUUUCUACCUGGGAUAGCCAGGUCAAGCUGAUUUUGCCUACGCGACGGUGGAGUGAUACCAUUGUCGAGUUCUCCCUGACGCAGCUCGGAUGGGUGCAUUGUGCUUUGGAUGAAGCGGUGUUCAUGAAGGAACACAAUCUGUUUUGGAAGGGUCUCAUCGACAGCGAAAAGGAUGCUCUGAGCAAUCAUGGCUGGAUUGCGGUUUAUCUCAGCGUGCUAGCUGUUGGAGCGUAUUUUCUCGACGACAAGACCAUCGAUAAUGUGCAGCUGCUAUAUGAAAGCUUCUCUGCCCCCCAAACAUCUCCCAUCUCCUCACCGCCGAGUCGGACUUGGUAUGCUGCUGCACUGAGAGAGCUGGACCUAGCAGACUACACUCGCAGACCCUCUCUGGCCACGGUCCAGGCGCUGGCAAUCCUCAACAUCCUGCACAAAAACCUCGGCGAGCCAAGCCGAGAGUUUAUUCUCCAUGGCGCGGCGGUGAAUGUGGCUCGACUUAUUGGUAUAGACCAUCUCGACGAGGACAAAAGGGCAGAUCCAAGCCCAGUCCUUCGUAAUGUCCACCGGCGACUGUGGUGGACUUUGAUUAUUUGUGACUGGUUAACCGUUUGGUCGCGGCCGAUCUCUAUCCAUCCUAGUUCAUUCACAACCGUGCUGGAGACCAAAGAUGAGAAAGACGAAGAUGUACCCUCUGCGUAUGAGUAUCACAAGGCAAUGGCCCAGGUUGCAGCGUUGACGAGGAAUCACAUCAAUUCUAUCCGGGACUGGAGUACCGAUACAGUCCAAGCGUCCCUAGAAGAGAUUGACUCAGUCUGCGCUGAUUUUCCUCCGCAUUUGUCUUACCCUAGUCCGACAGAGACGCCUGUUCGUGAUGAACCAUACUGGUGCUCUAUACAACGAAAUCUUCUGCUCAACUGCGCUGACAGCUGGCGAAUCACUCUCUGCGUUGCCAUGAUCCCUCAAAUCCUGGAACGUAGUGAGGCAGAGAGAGACGGGGAUGCUGUGCUGCAAGAUGGAAUUUCAGCUGCCAAACGCAUACUACAACGUAGAUGUAACGAUCCAAGUCUGUUCUUCAACAAGUUUUGGUCUGUGACCUGCGCCACCGUCGCAGCCGGCAUCUUUAUUGCCCUACACCUGAUCUGCUUUGCGAACGGUAACCAACCGGCAACUGACAUCGCAGACCUGCAGGAUCUGGUCAUGCUGAGUAUCAGCCUUAUUGAAAACUCACCUCCCACAGAAGCACGACAUGGAGCAUUGCUAGUUCUGCGUCGACUUGUACACCUAUAUGAACAUGUCUUUCGCACGUCUGCGCACCGCAUCAUAAAUCGUUCCGCAUUAGCACGAAUCGUGAGACUCGUAGCGUGCCCUUUUCUAUGGGAUUCUCUACCAGACACGGAGUCGACAGCACGGUUUGUUUUCUUCGAUAAUCCGCAGGAUAAUCGUGUUUGGACGGGAGAUUCUCCUUGGUCUGAAGAGACCACCACGACCACCACGACCACUACCACUGCUGGCGAUACGUGCGAGGUAGAGGAGCAGGAAGGAGAAAUUCUUGGAACUUGGGAGCAGUAUUCAGAAAUAGGAGUACAGAAUAUGGAUACUGUGCCUUAUUUCGACCAGUUGUUUCCUUCGGCUGAGUUGAUUGAUACCUCAUUGCCGUUUGUUGAUUCGGCGAUGCUGGGGGAUAUCCUUAGAUGA